CUUAUUAAAUAGGUUUGCUAUGAAAAGACGCAAACACAAAGAGCAAACAAAUGGGUGGAACGUGGAAGACAGUGCACAUGGCCGACUUAAAACUAGGAAGACAAACGCAGUUAUGACUGAUCCAUAUGCAGAACUAGGCCUCGAGGGAAAGUGGACCCUAAAAGAUUACUUCUUGGCUGCUCUCAUUGUUUUAAUCUUGCAUCAGAUUAAUAGACAUGUGUUGUACACGCUAUUCGAGAAUGCCAAGCAUUUUUCUCAUCUGUCUCAGUUGGAAAGAGAGAUGAUGUACAGGACUGAAAUGGGCUUGUAUUACUCGUACUUCAAGUCAAUGAUAGAGGCACCCACUGUCGCAGAGGGCAUUCGGUCGAUGACUCACGACAACCUCACAGAGUACCCCACAACAAUCAACGCACUACAGAGAUUCAACCUUUUGCCAGAGAUUCUGGUGGGUCUACUGUACAAGGUAUAUCUGGGGUGGUGUGAUGUGGUUUCGUGUCCCUUCAAUCAGAUCUGCUUCAGAGUCAACAGAGGACAAGCGCUACCUCCGGUCACCUCAUGCGAAGGUCUCGGUGUGCCGAUCUAUUUCUACACGCACUCUGCUUUCGAACUGAAUGCCCUCCUGGCUCCUCUGACAUUCAUGAUCGCAGCAGUGGUGACUGGUAGUGUAGGGGCAGGAGUGGUAGCUGCUCUUGCCUUCCUGUACAACUUCGGGGAGGCCACCAGAGUCAUGUGGACUCCACCUCUGAGGGAGACGUGGACUUUCCCCAUCAUUCAUCUACACCUCUUUCUCGUCACUUGCAUGCUCAAAUUCGAACGACAACUUGGAUCUCUAACAUGGUCUAAGGGGUCUCUCCUCUGCCAACUGGGAAUUUUCAUCACUACCUUCUACAGUGUUGCCUCAUGGCAGUUCUGUCAUUUCAACUUAUCAGUUUUCAUCAUUGCAGUCUCGGCCCUCUUCGCUCUCCAGCUGAUCAGCCAGACAACAUUCCUCAGAUUCUUAAUUCCCACCACGCUCGGCUUUGGCUCGCUUCUGUCGCUGAUGCAUGAAAACAAAAUGAUGUUGACGUCGACAAUGCUUAUGACUAUAGCCUCUUCAUGGAUUUUGUUAGCGUUCCAACGUCAACAAUCGCAGAAAGUUUUGGAAUCUUUGCUUUAUAGGAUGGUGGCUCCGUUUUGUGUACUGGUCAACUCUGUGAUUCUGAAAUCAAUGGUCACAAAUCUGCUCAACAUAUCAGACGAGAUGCAUAUCCUGAACAUUCUGAAGAGUAAGUUCACGGACUUCAGGGACUUCCACACUCUCCUAUACCUCUGCGCUAAGGAGUUCGACUUCAUCGGAGUGGGGUACUUUGAACUGAUGACAGCGUCCGCCGUGCUUCCCAUGGCUCUGAUUGCAUCGCUUUUGAUUGUCAUACAGCUCUUUGUGUCCAUGUUCUGUGCUGGAGAAAAAAGGCAACAGUUGUUCGGAGUUUCAUUUCAACUCAAACCGGAGGAUUUACUGCAGCUUCUGCUGUUCAUUGGCUAUGGACUGAUGGCAGUGCUGAUCAUGAGACUGAAACUGUUCUUCACUCCUCAUCUGUGCAUCAUGGCUUCAUUCUGUCUACUGCCUCCAAUAGUGAAUAUGUGCAAAGCUGUGGUUCCAAAAGUGCCCUUAGGUUACGUGAGACUGAGUAUGCUGGGUGUUGCUGUCUUGACAAUGUCCUGUAACGGGUAUCCGAAUCUGAACAAAGCCAUGAGUAGACAGGGAGAGUACAAUGACCCUGAGUUGGAACAGCUGCUCAAUUGGAUCAUGGACAACACAGGCAAAGAGGACUCGUUCGCGGGCUCUAUGUCCACUAUGGCCACGAUCCGCCUCACAACAGGCAGACCCAUAGUCAACCACCCCCACUACGAGGACUCCCUGGCGAGGGAGAGGAACAAACAGGUGUACAGGGCAUUUGCCAGAUUCGCCCCUGAAGACAUACACGCCACUAUGCACGCACUUCAGGCCAAGUAUCUGCUGCUGGAAGUGGGCUGGUGCUGGGCGAAGAGACCGGUAGGUUGUUCGAUAGCCGAAGCCUUUGACUAUGAAUACCCGCAUUUGAAGGGCAGACAGGCCACCUGUAUAGCGAUGCGUACAAACCCGCACCCAUUUCGAACUGUCUUCCAGAACAGUGCCUUCGUACUCCUGAAAACUUAGAUGUUCACAGACAAAAACGGGCAGUGCAAUUUAUUUAUUCAUAAAUUACUUAUAUGUAAAAAACAGUGUCUGUAGUCAAGAGUAAAUCAAUGUAUAUAAUAUAGUAAAAUGUUAUUUCGCUUUUUGUAAGCUUUGGUUUUGAAAAUAGAGUUAUUGUCGUCUCAGAUAAUGUUUCUCGAUGUAAGAAAAGUAGGCAGGCCGAUGCAUAAAUCUGCUGUU